AUGAGAAAAUUGAUUGCCUCUUCAUCAACCUUCCACAAGGGAUGCAUAAAGAACCAAUUACUUUUACUCAACACCCGACUUGCAUUCUUGAAUUCUAUCAGACAUUUCUCAACAAGUACCUUCAUCACCAAUAAUAAUAACAAUUCAAAUUCGGAGGACAAUAGACCUCCACAUAAAAAAUCCUUUAACAACAAUAAGAAUCAACAUCACUAUUCCCACAAUCCUCACAACAAUGAUUCUUACAAAAAGAGGGACACCAAUGAUAAUUUCAAAUAUUUUGAUGAAGAUUCUUCAACCACAAAGAGAAGAAAUGAUAACAAUAAUAGAAGACAACGUAAUAACUAUAAUAGCAAUAAUAGAAAUGAUAAUAAUUACAACAAUAACAACAAUAGUAAUAGAAAUGAUAGAUUUAACAACUCUAAACAAUUUAAUCAAAGAAGAAAUAAUUUUGACAUUUCCCGACCUGUUGACAAUUCUGUAGAGAAUGAAGUCAAUUCUAUGGUUAAUAGACUUUUAUCAAAAUCUAGGCCUUCCGUUCACAAUAAGAAUAAUCAACAAAAUAAUUUCUCAGAGAACAAGUAUAAGGAUUGGAGCUAUCCUACAGUUUCCGCUAAAUGUCCAGAAAAUUUAGAUUUCAAGAAAAAUACUGAACAAACUCUUGUAACAACUGUUAUUAAUGCAGAAACAGUUGAAAGGUUUAAAUCUUUCAUGCUUAAUCAUGUUAAGAAUAAUUUGAAUUUCAAAUCCAAGUGUAAAUCUAUUCACUAUGAAUUGAUUUUUGAAAUUUUCUGUAGUGAAAUUGUUGUAAGAUCUAAUAAUGAUCCAGAUUUUGCAGCUCUUGUCGAAGAUAUUUUGGCAUUCCAUCCAGAAAAUAUCAUUCAAUCCAAUGUUUCGGAUAAGAAGGACGAAUCUCUCUUUUCCAAUGUGAGCGACUUUUUAUUCUAUGACUUUUCAGCAAUAACAGACAUGGCCCUUUCACACUCCAACUUUUCAAAUGAAGUUUCAGUAUGGUUUAAUACUUUUGUUCAACAGAGGUAUCCAGAGGAUUAUCAUUUAUAUACAGAAGCUUUGAAAACUUGUGAUAUGACCAAUCCUUUCAAUUAUUACAAAAAGUCAAUUCCAUUUGGAAGAAAGAUUAUCUAUCACAUGGGUCCAACCAAUUCAGGUAAAACCCAUGCUGCGUUAACAAGAUUGUCCCAAUCAGAGAAUGGUGUCUAUUGUGGUCCAUUGAGACUUUUGGCUCAAGAGGUCUUUACUAAAAUGAAUACUCAAUAUGGUUGCAAGUGUAAUUUAAUGACCGGCCAAGAAAGAAGAAUCAUACCAGGCGCAAAUCAUGUGGCUUGUACUAUUGAAAUGGCAGAUUUGAAUGAAGUCUAUGAUGUGGCUGUUGUGGAUGAAAUUCAAAUGAUUUCUGAUAAUCAGAGAGGAGCUGCUUGGACCAGAGCAUUACUUGGCUUGCAAGCUAGAGAAAUUCACAUUUGUGGUGAUGGUAGUGCAUUGACUAUUGUAAAGAAUUUGAUUUUCGGUGGCGAUAACAAAUUAGAUGCUGAAAUUGAAGUUGUAGAAAGUGAAAAUCCAAACUAUGACCCAACAAGUGAGAGUGAUAAUGUAGAUUCAAAUCAAAAUCUCUAUCACUACCAUCAACCUGUUGCUGCAAACAAGUUAUUACAAUAUACCAAGUCUGGAAUUGCUGAUAGCAUCGAUGUUAUUCCAUACACAAGAAUGAAACCACUAGAAAUUAGCUCAGAAUCUCUUCAAGGAAGUGUACAAAAUAUCAAAGAUUUUGAUUGUAUCGUAACCUUUUCUAGAAAUGAAAUUUAUGAAAUCAAAAAGAUGAUUGAAAUUAAUACUGGUAUUAGAUGUUGUGUAAUUUAUGGAGCACUCCCACCAGAAGUAAGAACAGAGCAAGCUGAACUUUUCAAUGACAGUGGCAAUCAAGAUCCUGAAGAGAACGGAGGUCAAAGAGAUUUCACUGUUCUUGUAGCAAGUGAUGCUGUUGGUAUGGGUCUUAACUUGAAUAUUAAGCGAGUGGUCUUCUAUAGAAUGACCAAGUAUGACUAUUCAAAGGGAGGUGUUGCUCCACUUGACGUUUCGCUUGUCAAACAAAUUGCAGGUAGAGCUGGUAGAAGAGGAUUCCAUGAAAUUGGUCAAGUAACUACCUUCUAUGAAAAUGACUUACAAUAUCUUCAUCAAUGUAUGAAUAUUCCAAAUGAAGAAAUCACCAAAGCUGGUUUGUUCCCAGAAUGGGACCAAGUUGAAUCAUUCUCCAAGGUCUAUAAGGCUAAGGAACUCGCCAACAACCCAGAAGGAAGUGGAAUUUCUCUCUAUGAAGUUUUAGAAAAAUUCUUUGCUCUCAGUAGAAUUCAUAAGGACUUUUUCUUCUGUGAUGUUCAACAGGUUUUGGACUUGGCCACUUCCAUCGAUGAUGCUGGUCCAAAAUUGACAUUGAAACAAAAGUUUGACUUUGUCAAUGCUCCAGUUCCAGGAUUUGACAGAGCUAAAGAAAUGCACAUUCGCUAUGUUGAAGACUUUUCAAAUCCAAACAUUGCCGCCGUUCCUUUAAAUAUUGAUAUGGAAAAUAUUUUGAGAAUUCUUGACAAGAUUAGGGAAAAGGCUAAAGUCACCGAACAAGGAUUUGUCAAUAGUGUCAGUGUUUAUUUACAAGAAGCAUUGAAGAAUAUUGAAUUUUACCAUAGAAUGAUUGAUCUCUACCUGUGGUUAGCCAAUAGAUAUCCAUUAAGAUUUGAUAAGGAAGCAGCCGAACAAGCAAGAGAAGUACUCAUGACUGAAUUGACCGAAUCUCUUCUCAAUCAAACUGAAGAAAACAAAAAGAUCAAAUCUGUUGGUUUGUUAAAGGAAAAUGCACCAAGAGCUUUCGAAUAUGUGACCUUUAAGAGAAAUAAUGUGAGAAAUGAAGAACCACUUGAUCCUAGUCUCCAAGGUCUCAAACGUGUCAUUAUUGGAGGUAAGGAAUAUUUCAAGAAGAAUCAAUUCCAAGUUAUCUCAAGAGACAAGGUUACUCGUGAUCUGGUUGAUGUCAUGGUUGACUCUAUGGAUGAGGCUACAUCUGAACAACAACAAAAACAACAAACAAAAACAACAUCCUCCACUUCCCAACAAUAAAUUCUUUCA